CAUCAUCAUCAUCAUCAUCUUCUUGUUUGGGUAAUUGGGUUUUGAUUAAAAAGUGAAGAGAAUGCCUCUGACGGUGUUGGACGCGAAUAUCUCCAGCUUCGACAGCGUGUUUGAGAAAUUCAGAGCAGAAGCACCAAAGAAUAAGGCCAAUCUCAUCCUCUUCUUGGCUGACAAAGACCCUGCCACUUCUCUCAGUUGGUGUCCAGAUUGUGUGAGAGCUGAACCUGUAAUCUACAAAAAGCUGGAAGCUGCACCCGGUGAUGUCGCACUUCUGAGAGCAUAUGUUGGAGAUAGACCAACAUGGAGGACUCCUCAACACCCAUGGAGAGUGGACUCAAGGUUUAAGGUUACUGGAGUUCCAACACUCAUCCGCUGGGAAAAUGAUGCUGUCAAGGGUCGCCUUGAAGACUAUGAAGCGCAUGUUGAAAAGAAGAUCGACACACUUGUUUCCGGAAAUUAAGUUUUUAUAAUUCCAACAGAAAGAUGUUUGAAUUUCCAUGUGUUAUGUGACUUGUUAGACUUCAUGUCAAAGUUUAGCACCAAUGGAAAUUGGGAAAUAAAUGUUCCAUGCUAGGAAUGUGUGAUUCACAAUUUAGGUAUUAAAGGAUGUGUUGCAGUUGGCAGUAGCCAAUUGUUCUGAAUUCUUCUGCCAA